CAGUGCUGUUCUCGCUUGUUAUCAUCACUCAUUGAAAACAACUGCAGAUUUGGUCGACUCCUUGCUGAUGGUCAAGAUGCCGGCUCGAAAGCAUCCAUCAUCCUCCGACGUCGCCAUAUCGUCAAGUCCGACGUCUCCUCAUCCCAAAUCCUCUCUCCGUCGCCUAAGCUCUCUCGCCAAUCUGCAUCAAUUCAACCCUUUCAAUUCGUUCAAUCGUAGACGCUCAAGUCAUGGCACUCAGGCUUCCGAUGACGACCCAUAUCUUCUUAAUCCCUAUCAACAACAACCAAAGAGCCAGUCUCGCCGUCAGUCGUACAUGUCAUUGUCUGAAGAUCCGAUGCCUGCCUUGCCUAGAAGCCGUACCUUCGGUCAUCUGCCCCUGACGCGGACACGACAGAGUUCAAAGCCACCUGUAUCUAUGCCACCCCCUUCACGCAUACCGACCCCAUCCGGAAGCCUUACUGCCAAAGGAAGGCUAGCAAGUGCUACUAAGAGCAUUCUCAAAGUCGGCAACAGACGUGCUCUGGUGCGAUCCGACACUGAACCGUUGUUGGCACCUCACCGUUCGCACGACGUCCCGGCUUCGACUCGUGUGAUCAACGAGAACCUCUCUCAGAGUGCUUCCAAGCCUGCGUCGGAGUUCAAGCUACUACAGUUGAACCUCCCAGAAGUACCCCUUGAUCCAUCGGCUACGAACAUGCAUCGAUUCCGGAGUUCUUUCAACGCCCUCAAACGACCGCAGACUCCAGUCUCUCGAGCCCCUCCAAACCUACCGAGAAGAGACUCCCUGCAGCCACCUACCCCCCGGACUCCGAUAACCACGUUGCCCCCGGGUAAGCUUGCCUUGAACUCGUCUAUCAACGCUGCCAAGCCAAGGAGACAAACCAUGCUCUCACCAGACAUCGCUCCUUUGCACUCGCUCUGCGAAACCACUCCGCUGCGUGCUUCGAUGAACCCAGACAUCCAGUCUCGCCAACUCCUGACACCCCGCGCCGCACCCACAUCUUCACCACCUUCCUAUACACGUCCCUCGGCUACUCACUUACAACCUGACGACGCUACCAGCAACGUAAACAUAGCCAGUGAUCUUGUUACAUCAGCACAGUCUAUGGCAUACUGGAGCGGUCGCUUGAUGUCACAAUUCGACCGUCAUCGCAACGACCGACUUCAGAAGUGCAUGUGUCGAGGUGAACUGUCAGCGACAUACCUGGAAAAUGAUCUGAACCUGUGCUUGAAAGAAUUGAAGGAUAAAUGUGUGACUGAUGCCGCAAAGCUCAGUUUUGCCAUGUUCAAGGCUAGAGUGUACGUCAAGGCGGGAACAUUGGUGACAACAAAGGGAAAGGCGGAGAGCGGAGCUGAAGGAAGAAGUCAAGACGUGGGUGAAGCGUAGACUGCUCCUGGACCCGAAACCACCACAGCCGUCUUGGUUGAGCAGAAGCCACUUCAUUUGAAGUCGAGGAAGUCGUCGUUUGCGGUGAGAAUGAUGGGAAGGAACUGAAGAGGCG